CGCAUGUGUAGUUCGGGUUGCGCUGUGAGACAGACGUGCCGUGUGAUUUGGAGGUUAAGAGUAGUUGGUGCUUGAGCAGUGGGAUGCGGUGGGUUGGCUUGCGGUUCGGGUGUAGAUUGUGCCCGGCCGUCUGAAGAUGAGUAGCAGUGCUUGGAGCUAUGAAAACUAACCAGAAUAGUGUAUUGCAGGGGAAGAGGGUGACUCUGGUACCAUACACCUCUGCUCAUGUACCUAGGUACCAUGAGUGGAUGAAGUCUGAAGAGCUACAGCGUCUGACUGCAUCUGAGCCACUAAGCCUCGAACAGGAAUAUGAGAUGCAGUGCAGCUGGCGGGAGGAUGCAGACAAAUGCACAUUUAUAGUGCUUGACACAGAUAAGUGGUCUAAGCAGACAAUCACAGAGGAAGACUGCAUGGUGGGUGAUGUGAACUUGUUUCUCACAGACUCUGAAGAUCCAACACUAGGAGAGAUUGAAAUCAUGAUUGCAGAGGCCAGCUAUCGUGGCAGAGGAUUUGGCAAGGAAGCCACUUUGAUCAUGAUGUUGUAUGGAAUGACACACCUGGGCCUCACCACCUUUGAGGCUAAGAUUGGAUUGGAAAAUGAAACCAGUAUCGGCAUGUUCAAAAAGAUUCAUUUCAAGGAGGUGGGAGUAAAUGUCAUCUUCCAUGAAGUGACACUGAGACUGGUAGUGGAUGAACAAGAAAGGCAGUGGCUGCUUCAGCAAACCAGCCAUGUGGAUGAAAAAAGUUACAAUGUAACAAAACUACAGAAUUGGGUUUGUGACAGUUGAUAAGGCUUAGCUCUCUUUAUCCAAACUCUGGAAGCAUGGAAUCUCUUCCUCCAAACUCUGCAUUGUGGCCUGAUUCCAUAGCAAUUCUGAUUGCUGGAGAAGAAAAUGUUGUGGGGUCUUUGGAUCAGAAUUCAAACUGUCCUACUGUUGCCCACUGUACUACAUUUACAUUCUUCUUUUUAAAAAAUGUCUAAUGCAACUGUAACAAACUCUUAUCAUUGAUGAAAGAAUCUUCAUCAUCAAAGCUGUGUUUGAUCAACAGUUGCUGCUAGUGAAAAUGGCAAACAAUGAUGUUGUAUAUACUCAUGAUUCUGGUGAGCUGAAUUGAAUGUAUCUGGAUUAUAGUGCCACUAAGUCACAGGAGAGUCAGUCUUGCCUUCUCUGUUACAAAUGGACAGUAGCAUCAUAUGCCAAUAUUUCCCUAGUAGGGUCCUUGAGCAGGGCUUGUUUCUACCAAAAACAAACUACAAUCUGCUCUUAUCCCUAGCGUUAAUCCACAGCAGUCCUAGAAACAGCUGGUGAGUAGGAAUAGCGUUUGGUUGAACUCCUGAAGAAUUAAAGGUGCUACUCUCA